AUGGAUCCUAUAACAGCUGUGGGCUUCGCUGCCGGCAUUCUGCAAUUCAUUGAAUUCUCGUGGGGCGUUAUAACGGGCACUUACGAGGUCUAUAAAUCGACAACUGGGACAACACAUGAGAACGCUCACAUCAGCACUGUUGUCAAUGACCUUGAGAGAGCCACCGACAGCUUGAUUUCCGAUGUUGAACGGAAAACCAAGAACGAGAGGGAGUUAUUCAAGCUUGCAGACAAAUGUCACGAAUUAUCCCAGGAUUUGUCAAAGAUCUUGAAGAAAUUACAAGCUUCGGAGAAGAAUUCGAAAUGGCUGAGUCUCAAAGUCAAAGUUGCAAGCAUGAGGAAAGAGAAAGAUAUAGCCUCUAUUGAAGAUAGACUAGACAGAUAUCGAUCGCAAAUUCUCGUUCGGCUGAAUUUUAUGCUCUGUGAACAACAGUCAUCCGUCAAAGUUCAACUAGACAAAAUCCAAAAAGAAGGCGUUCGGAUGUCAACCGAGACUUCAGCUCAGCUCACAUGCCUCCGACAAGAACUUAACCAGGCGGUUAAGGCAUUGCUAGAAACAAAAGAUAACGCAAGGCCAGACGAGGAUAAAAAGAAGAUGUACUCCGCAAUGGAUAUUUGCUCUGCGCUUUUAACACUGCAAUCAAUGUCAAGGUCACUAUCACGGGAGAACCAAAUCUUGCGCCGGCUCUAUUUCGAUAAUAUAUACGCUCGCGAGGAUACCAUUACGGAUGCAGAGAGCGGAACGUUGAAAUGGAUUCUCGAGGAAGAUGAAGAUGAGUCUAUCUAUUCAAUUGCAGAGAACGACGAUGGUUCAUUUUAUUCGACCGAAGAGGAUGACCGGGAGCUGGUUGAUCCGAGUGAAAGUUCGAGCAAUGCGGAAGGAGUUUUGGCAAUAGAAGAAACUCUGGCCGACGAAGAUGAAGUCCAAGACCGAGAGAAAGAGUCACCCGUAGACUUGGAAUCCGGUCCCCCUGUUCAGGUGGAAAACGAGCCAACUCCAGGAGGGGAGCACAAAAUUGAGAUCUGGGCCUCUGGAAAUACCCCAAAAAGUCCUCCUGAUGCCCAGGAAGCCGAACAGAGACGAUUUCGAACGCAGACACGGGACUCAUUCCUAGCAUGGCUGGGAUCAGGCAACCAGAUUUAUCACAUUUCUGGUAAAGCUGGCUCUGGAAAAUCUACCCUCAUGAAGUUUCUCUGUCAGCAUUCUCGGGUGCGGAAAGAAUUGGAAAGUUGGGCAGCUGAGAAGAGAUUAGUCUUUGCUCAGUUCUUCUUCUGGAACUCCGGGGAAAAGCUUCAAACGUCUCUUGAGGGACUCUACAGAUCCCUUCUCUUUGAAACCUUAAAACAAUACCCAGGCCUCAUUCCAGAGAUUUUCCCUGAAGAGUGGGACGCGUUGGAUUCGGCGAUAUUAAGGUUUGAAAGCCCUUCAUUUCGAAUUGCAGAGAUCAAAGCCGCCUUCGACAAAUUGAUCAGCAAAUGGACUUUCCCUAAGCAUCGUCUUUGCUUCUUCAUCGAUGGCCUCGAUGAAUACGAGGGAGAUUCCCUUGAACAUUGGGAACUGGCCAAUAGUCUCCGGAAUUGGGCCAGCUCCACUGAUAUUAAAAUCUGCGUGAGUAGUCGACCGCACACGGAAUUUAUGCAUACUUUCUCUGACAGUCCAAACUUUCGACUUCGCCUCCAUGAACUAACACGGGCCGAUAUUAGCCGUUUUGCCUCUGCAAUGUUCGAAAAGGAUACUAAUUUCGACCGUGUCAAAGAUAUGUAUACGGAUCUAGUACGAGAUAUAGUCGAGACGGCAAAUGGCGUGUUUCUUUGGGCUCGUCUUGUGGUUCGUUCACUUUUAGAAGGCGUUGGACAUCACGAUUCCCAACCCGCACUUCAAGAGAAGCUAAACUCAAUUCCAAAAGAGUUGGAUGAAUUGUUUGCCAAAUUACUUGGUACUAUCAAACCAAGUGAUCGUAAAAGGUCGGAUCAGAUGCUCUACAUUGCUACUGGAGACCCACCCGGAGAUUCGGUGAAUGCUCUCGCCUACUCUUGGCUCGAAGACCUCAACGACCCCAACUUUCCUUUCAGCUCUCCUACUCAAGGAUAUUCAGAUGAAGAGAUCAAGAAACGUCAUAGCGACUUACGACCGCAACUCGAUAGCUUAUCUAAAGGAUUGCUUGAGAUGGUUCCUGACGCUCGCGCUCCCGAAGACAUUUUUUUCGGAUACAAAGUUCAGUUCUUCCACCGCACUGUUAAAGACUACCUCCGCGACGAUUCAAGGCAGCGUCAAUUCCAAGGUCGGCUUCCUGACUUUAAUCUUGGUGAGGUCUACCUUCGUUUGUCCCUCGCUGAAUUGAAGUUCGUGAGGACAAAGCAAUCCUAUUUCGGACUUGGGAAUAUUUUGAUUAUGUGCAUUUUCGAAAGCUGUCAUAGGUAUUGGAAAUGGAAACUGAAAUGGCACCUCUUUCUGUCCAAGGAAGGUCGCAAAGCUCCGUUCAACUUUGCCAAAGAGGCUAGCGACGUCCUAAAUAGCUAUCGCCAACUACCCUUUUCCCACCCCGAGGAAAUAGAGGUAAAUUCGGGGUCAAUUCUUUGGGGCACAAGCUUUAGAGAUGACGAAUGGGGGAACAUUUACCUGGUCGGGGUUGCCGAAUUCUCUUAUCUCCAUUUCGCAGCAUGGUAUUCGCAGCACGAAUACGUUACUCUAAAAUUAUCGGAAGAUCCCAACUUGGCAAAAGGGAACGGUGAAAUGACCUUGCUCCUAUCCGCAUCUUUCGGGGAUGCUUCCGAGACGGUGCGAGUUCUAUUACAAGCUGGCGCAGAUCCUCAAGAUCAGGUCACUCUAGAGGACCAGCCCAAUCCGGAGGCGAAAACAGCAACCGUUUGGAUGCUUUUCCUCUUUUAUUUCGCGAGUAGUGCCGUAAGACAGGCGUCACCUUUUGAGCAAUGCUCGUUAGUGUUAGAAGAGUACUUAAAAUUUGGGGUUGACACAGACAUCUUCUUCCUGAUAUCCAAUCCUGGGGAGCUUGUCGUUUCCCAAAACGAGCGGGAGAUAACAAGCAGAGGGAAGGAAAAGAGCGAACCACCUAAGCAAGAACUCUUCUCAAUUUCCCUGGAGGACUUGGUUAGCCUUAGGCAACCAAAAAAUGUCGACGCCUUGCAGACCUUGCUACGAGAUAAGGCGAAACAACCGUUUUGGAAGAAGACCAGCUCUGUGAUAUCCAAGUUCCUGCCAUGGAUUGAGCCUUCGAACCCUAUCCCAUCGCAAUACAAUGCCUUCGAGCCGAAAGAGCUAGGACAAGGCCUAUUCGCCCUACAUAGCGUUUGCUCCAAGACCUGUCAGCUUGAGAAAGAAUCGUAUGAACCAUUGUGGGACACUCUGCUGGAGAAUUCUCGCUCUGGAACGUCGGGGCUCAAGGUCAGGGGUAUCCGGACUGCAGAUAUGGCUCACAAGAACGCCAACGUGGUCACCAACGAGGAAUUUCUGGGCAAAGAUUACUACUUGUUCGACCAUUCCCAAGAUCUAUUGCGCUUGGUCGAUGUCUUCGGUAAAGAUUUGCCACUGCCAAGUAUUGGGAUCAGACAUAGUGUGGGAACUUCGCAGCCGUUGCUCUGGUAUACCUCUGCCCGUGACUUUUCACCAACUUGGUGCUUUUGA